GUCAAUGACCUCAGAAAACCCGUCCAAACUAAAAACCAUUUGAACCAUGUCCAGCUUCACCCCACUUAAGGCGUCACGUUUUUCACAACUCGCCAGUAUUGAUCUUGAAAGAAGCUGCCCUCAAGCCGCCGCCUUCAAUUCCCCCUCCCAUUCAAUUUCCUGCUACCACUGUGUCAUUUUAUGAAGCAAAGCAACAAACAUUAAGUCAGCAUUCCCAUUAACGGGCAAUGGGCAUAUGCACGCCAACCAGCUUCUAUAUAUUUACCUUGCUUCUUGGACUCGCCUUUACUACGCCCGCCCCUUGAUACGACUCCUGGAAUAGUUUGUUAUAAUCAAUAAAUUAAUUCAAACAUGAGUUUUGCCGUGUCCGCGCGAGGCAGGACCCAUCAACCCUGCGCAGCCUGUCGAAUGCUGCGCCGGAGAUGCGACGCCAGCUGCAUUCUCGCACCCUAUUUCCCCGGCGAAGCAGUCGAGAUGUUCGCCGGCGUGCAUAAGGUUUUCGGUGCCAGCAAUGUCAUCAAAAUGAUUCAGAUGGUGGAGGAGAGCAUGAGAGAGGAUGCAGUUAAAGCAAUAGUAUACGAAGCGAGGGCGAGGCUGAAGGAUCCCGUAUACGGCAGCACGGGUGCCAUUUUCUACUUGCAGAAGACUGUUGAGGAGCUCAAAAUGCAACUUGAAUGGGCGACGGCACGGGCUUCGGAUCUGCAAGAACAAAGAGAUAGUUUGUUGGGGAUUCUGAUGAAUGUUCAUCAGCUUAAUGAUUUUGUGGUCCCAAUCCCAGCGAACGAGCCAGCCUUUAGUGGUAGCAGCUUCUCUGUGGAUGACACAGUGAUGGGCUGCGAUCCCCUUAACUUUUCUCUAAAAUGUGACUGGAGUUUAUGAGCAUCGAGGAAUGACCCCCGAGCUGCAGGCAUUUGGUUAAUUUAACUGGUUACCAGGUUUAGAGGGAAACUGCGAUUGUACGGUGGAGCCUGGGAUUACUUUAUUCAACACAAAAUGAUUAAAAAAAGAACAGAGAGAGAG